UUUUUCUCGCUCGCCGUCUUCUCUGCGAUCGCUCCUAUUUCCCCUUUUCCGAUCGAUUCUUGAUCGCCAGGCUACAGUUCUGUACUUCUCCUCCUCGUCAUGGGGCGAACGCUCCGAAGCUCGCUGAAGCCCAAAGCCCAGUCACCUUCCGUUUCAAGAUCAUCCGAGCAGGUCUUUCGUUGUUGGGUGUGGCUGAUAACAGCAGUAUGAGUUUUAUCGUGCAUUACUACUGACUCUCUUGUCCGAAGUUAACUCUUUCUUUUCGUCAGUCAUGCGAGCAGAUUAUGUAAUAGAGGAUCUGGGCAAAUGGUUUUGCCAGUUGAAUGGAGUGGUGCAACCAACUAAACCUAGCAAGCAAAAAUCUGAAGCUGAAGUUGGUUCUUCACAUGCUGUUUCAGAAAAUGUAGUUGUUGUUUCUGAAAAUGUUGUUGCAGAUUCAAGCCUAAGUGAUGCACCUGGUACCUCUGGCUUGCCAAAAGAGAGCGAGGAGAAAACAGCAGAUGUUGCAGAGCUGGAGUUUGAAGCCAAAUCAUUAAGAGAUGAAGCUUGGUAUGAUGUGGCUAUGUUCCUUGCACAUCGGGUUAUCAAUUCUGGCGAACUCGAAGUCCGUGUGAGGUUUCAAGGUUUUGGCGCUGAGGAGGAUGAAUGGGUGAAUGUCAAGAAUGCAGUUAGGGAACGUUCAAUUCCCUUAGAGGCCUCAGAUUGUAGAAAGGUUGGAGUAGGUGAUCUGGUACUUUGUUUUCAGGAAAAUGGUGAUCAGGCAAUGUACUUUGAUGCACAUAUUGUUGAAAUAGAAAGGAAGCUUCAUGAUAUAAGGGGCUGUCGUUGCCUCUUCUCGGUCCGCUAUGAUCAUGAUCAAACUGAGGAGAAAGUUCAUGCGCAAAGGUUGUGCCGCAGGCCGGCAUAUUGACUGCUUCUCAACUGAUGUGUCAAUGGUUCUGGGCCUUCUGGCAAUUGAAACCAUGAUCUUUUUUGAGCCUCAAGGAGUCUAUAUAUUUUGUAAAAACUCAACUUGCACUUGCCAGCGAAUCUGCCUUUGCUUUAUAAAAAUCUGAGUGGUUUCAAACUUUCAA